AGGGUUGCCCCGGCUGCUUUGGCUCAGCCGCAGAGGGCCAAGGGGAAGGCCUCCUGGAACGGCCCCAGCCUCCACGGCUACGAGCCGUGAGCUUUGUGUAGCCCCUGGAAACUUGGCAAAGCCAGCGGGGCACCCGAGGGGCGUUUGUCUCUCCUGGAAGCCAAUGGCUAGGAAAAGUAGAGGCGGAAGAGGGCACCCCAGAGGGCAAGGAAGGACCUUUGGAGCUGGCCAAGAUGACCACCAGCGACAAGGACAGGCCCCCCCCGCUGCUCUUUGUGAAGGCCUUGGCCAGCAGGGGCCGGAUCGAGGCCGUCACCCAGCAGAUGGGCUACCACCCGCAUUACCUGGACAGCUUCCUCCGCAUGCAACACUACCUGCUGCACAUGGACGGGCCGCUGCCCUUCGACUGUCGCCACUUCAUCGCCAUCAUGGCAGCUGCCCGGCAUCGGUGUCACUACCUGGUGAACCUUCAUGUGCUGCAGUUCCUGCGGGUGGGCGGAGACCCCCUGUGGCUGAGAGGGCUGGACUGCAUCCCCCCCAAACUCCGCCGGCUCAGUGAGAUCAACAAGGUCCUGGCCCACCGGCCCUGGCUUGUCUGCAAGGAGCAUAUUGAGAAGCUGCUGAAGAUCAGUGAGCAGAGCUGGUCGCUGGCAGAGCUGGUCCAUGCCGUUGUGCUCCUCGCCCACUACCAUGCCCUGGCCAGCUUUGCUUUCGGCUGUGGCUGUGAGCAGGACCUUGGCCCGGAGGGACGGGGCUCCCUGAAGCUGGGCCUCCCGGGGAGCGUCUGCUUUUGUGACGUGGGCAACGGCUGCAGCCAGGAGCUGCUGCAUUUGAACCGCAAGCGGUCCUUGGAUUCCUGCGUGGAGCUGGAGUCUCUUCGGGAGCGUGUCCACCGGCUGCAGGUGGGCAGUGAGGCCCGAGAGGAGCUGAGGCUGCCUGCCCAGCGGGAAGAAGGCUUCGAUGGGGAAUUCUUGGGGGCCGCAGACCUUUCCUGCUACGUCCUGGAUCCCAGCUUCGGCUACCAGGAGUUUGCACAGUGCAACGAGGACCAGCCCCAAAUCUUCCGUGUUCAGGAUUAUUCCUGGGAAGACCACGGCUUCUCGCUGGUGAAUCGGUUGUACUCCGACAUCGGGUACCUGCUGGACGAAAAGUUCCGUAAGGUGGACGGCCUUCACAGCUGCUCGAUGGCCAAGCGGCAGGGCUGCGAACACGCCAGCUUCAAGCGGGGCAUCUGGAACUACGUCCACUGCAUGUUUGGCAUCAGAUACGAUGAUUAUGACUAUGCAGAGGUCAACCAUCUCCUGGAACGGAUCCUCAAGCUGUACAUCAAAACUGUGACUUGUUCUCCAGAGAAGAUGGAUCCCCAGAUGUUUGAGCGCUUCUGGAAGCAGUUCAAGCACAGUGAAAAGGUCCACGUGAAUCUGCUGAUCCUGGAGGCCCGGCUGCAGGCAGAGCUGCUCUAUGCCCUCCGUGCCAUCACGCACUACAUGGUCUCCUAGGCCACGGGGCCCACCUGGACUCGGGCUCCUGGGCUCCGGCAGUGGCCCCUCCCCGUGUUUACUUGAUACCUUCUCCUUUCCCUUCAAGAUGUGAAAAGCAGGGUCUUCCCUCCGGGCGAAAACAGGCCUGCCCGCUGAAGCCACAGGGCUGGUGGGCAGCUGCCUGUGCUUCUGCUCAUCUACAGGCCAAGAGCCUCGUGGACAGAAGGGAGCCACAGGGACGUGGCUUCUAUGGACUUGAGGUGUGGGAAGGACGUCAUUCCUCUUUCUUUCCCAGUCAACUCUAGCGACGAUGUUUAGUCUCCGUUACAGUAUUGGGGAGGGGGCUCCCUUGUCUCGUGCCAUUCCUGCUGCUCAUCGAGUACACCCAGCCGUCCUGGGAUGGCUGGGAAGGGGUCUGCCAUCUUGGACUGGGGUUUCUGGAGAGAGAAGAGGGGUGCUUUCUGCUGGCUUCAUCUUGCACUGGGAGUGGGGGAAGGGCAACAGGAGGGAAGGGUCCCUAGCACUUCUAGUGACAGCUCACCCUCAACCUUUCAUCCAAAUGGUCCUCGGAAGCCAAAUUUGCCAGGCAGGGCUCUUAUCCUGUCCCCCCUCCUCAUAUCCAAAGCCCCCCCCCUUGCAAAUGUGCUGUCCUCCCUCACGGCUGCCUUCCAUGCUGUGGCCCUUGGCUGACACCCCCUCUCUUGCCCCUUGCGCUUCCCUGCCCCACGGUGCAGAUACCCAGCCUGCCUCGGCUUUUCUCCUGGCACUCCCCCCUCCUGUGGCUGCUCAGGGGGUCCUGCUUCUCUUGCUCCAAGGAGUGAGUUUGGGUGCUGGGCAGGCUCUCGUUGAAAGGGCCAGGCUGCUGCAAGACGUCCGCCAGGUAGACGGUGGAAGAACUUUGCAACCGGAGGGGGGGGUGUCGAUGGCUAACAAGGGGGGCAACUGGCAAAGGAGGCUGGGGGGAGGGGGCACCUGGCGCAGGACAUGUGGCAGCAGCUGACUUGUUUACUGUGUAAAUGUUUUGGGGGGUGGGAACAAACCAUUGUGUGGGGAAGAGAGAAAUGCCUAUUUUUGCUAUAAAUAUAAAUGUUUGACAAAA